CUUGUUACUUGCCCCCUCUUCCUUUCUUCCUCUCAAAGUUUUUCGUUUUGUUGUUUUGUUUCGAUGAUUUGGAAAAGUUUUUAGAUGCGGAAACGCAGUAAUUGUUAAUUAUUGCAUCGUAUAUAAAAAUUGUAAAGUAUUAAAUUUUCCAUAUUGUAUACUUGACUCGCUUGACUGUCAUGAAAAGUUUCCAUUAGUUGACACCGGAAAAAUGAGUUAUUGGUAUGAUAGGAAAGUGGCGAUAAAUCUAGACAAGCAGUUGAAUGACAUUAAAACCCGAGAAGAUGCUGCGGUAGCAAAAAAUCUUCAAAAUCAGCUAAACCACUUGGGAAUCACUGAGAAUGCUGUGAUCCCACAGGAGAAAAUCAAUUAUCAGCCAAAAUCUCUCAUUGACAAGACUUUGGAAUACAUUGAUCCAACUCCAAAUGUAUUCACACUAUUCGUACAGUUCAAUGAAAAAUUUUUUUGGAAUGCUCUGCUCUCCGUUGAAGUCAAAUGGAGUAAAAAAAUGACAAGUUGUGCAGGCACAUGUACAUUCCAUCCUAGAAACAAAGAAUGUGUCAUUGCACUGAGCGAGCCACUUUUAAAACUGAGGCCUCGAAAAGAUUUGAUCGAAACUCUUCUGCAUGAGAUGAUACACGCCUACUUAUUUGUCACAAAUAAUAAUAAGGACAGAGAUGGACAUGGACCAGUAUUUCAGUCGCAUAUGAACAGAAUUAAUGGAGAAGCAGGAACACACAUAACUAUUUAUCACGACUUUCAUGAAGAAGUUAAAUUGUAUCAGCAGCAUUGGUGGAGAUGUAAUGGGCCAUGUCAAAAAAGACCGCCAUAUUUUGGAAUCGUAAGGAGAGCUAUGAACCGUGCUCCUGGCCCAAAUGACUUUUGGUGGGCCGAGCAUCAGUUAACAUGUGGAGGUCAGUACACAAAAAUAAAAGAGCCGGAGAAACUUGAGAAAACCAAAAAAAUACCUGGUAAUAACAGUGUCAACAUUAUGAAACCUCCUGAAAAAAAUGGUGUGCUUAGUUGGUUGGAAAAAAAUAGCGAUAAAGAUCGAAAUUCUGGUGAAAAUCAGCCACCAAAACCAAGUAGCAAUGAAAAGCCGCGCUUUUCAUUUUCUGGUGUGUUAGGGGGUUCAGGUACAGGAAAAAGUAUUUUGCUGGAUAAAUUUUCAAACAAUAUUCAAGUUAAAACUACCAGUAAAGCUCCUCCAAAUAAGCCUUCAACUACUAAAACUAGUUUACCAAUUAUAUUGAAUAGUUCAAACGAAGAAAGUCAUCCUCAAAAUGAUGCAGCAACCACUACAGUUAGUUGUCCAAAUUGUAGUAAAUUUGUAGAUCAGGCAACAAUUAACGACCAUUUAGAUAUGUGUUUACUAAAUGUUUCAAUCAACUCAAAGGCCAUCCCGAGUACCUCCUUAAAUGUUUCUAAUGAACCAAUUGCUGUCCCAAGUACCUCGGGAAACAAAAGAAAAAGCGAAAACGAUUAUUGUAUACCUAGUAAAAAAUCCAAAAGUAAUUCAGACUCUAACGAAGUGACAUGUCCACUGUGUGAUAAAAAAAUUGUUGCUGACAAAUUUAAUGAUCACUUGGACCUUUGUCUACACAAUAAGUCAGAAAACAAAACAGGAAACGACGAUGUUAUUUUACUUGAUGAGUGCAACUCCAGCUCAGUUAAUUUACAUGACUCUCCACACUUAUGUUUGAUCUGUAAUAAGAAGUUAAAGCCAAAUGAGACUCUGAAUGAUCAUUUGGAAGAAUGUGUUGCUUCUGUGUUUGACGAUAAGGAUGAUGAUGACGUGAUUGAAUUAGAAACUUCAAAGACUGAUAAGCCGGAAGUUUUGGAUCAAUAUCCUUGUCCUGUUUGUUCAAAGUUGGUCAAGGAGUCGUUGAUGAAUGAACAUUUGGAUACUUGUGUUGUAAAAUAAAAAUAACGUUAAAUCAGUAUUUAUAUGAUAAAAUACA